UUUGUGUUUUCUCUUGACCAGAAGACCAUUUUCUCUUUCUUUCGAAAUUCAAAUCUCUCGAUCCCUCUCCACGACGCCCCACUCCAACCCCAUCGAUCGCUUCCCUUGGUGCGCGCCAUCACGGCAACCGCUUCCAAUCCUUCUUUUCGAGUUUUUUUUCUCAACUUCUUGUUGUUUCUUUCUUUCUUUCGCCUUGGCUUUAUCUUUUCUGGAUCUAAAUUUUCCCCCAAAAAAGUUGGUUUUUUUUUAGUAUUUGUGAGCUAAGGUUCUUGUUUUCUUGUCCUGGUUGUGGUUUUCGAGGGGUUUCUUGCUGUAAUUUGGGGUGAUUUGGGUCGGAUUUGGGGUUUGGGAGUUGAGGAGUGGUUUUGGAGUGGUUUCGUGCCCUAGGGUUUGGUUGUGAGUUGGAGAAUUUGGAAUGGCGGCUGAGGAGACUGGGUGUAAUGGGAAUGGGAAGUCUGGGUCGCCAUCUUUUGGGAAGCUUAUCACUUAUAAGCGGAGGAAACGUGGGAAUGGCUGCGUUUGGUCGCCGGGCAAGCAAGCAUUGAAGGAGCCACAUGGGGCAAUAUCCCGUCCGAGUAUAACUGGUCAAGAUGUGCUUGCUAGAAUUGACCACCACUGGAAAAUUGUAUUGGAACAUAUGCAGCAGUUGCCUGAAUUAAGUGAUAGUAGCAGCAUCCAUAAGUGCAUACAGGAUGCACUUGCUUCCCGUCUUUUUGAAUCUUCCAAAAGAUUUAAGAUGAUGACCAUCCAUGACUCUGAUAUUACACAGCCUGAGGGAGAAUGGAGGGGUUUCGAAGUUGAUCGUCAUUCCCAAAGACGUGAUAGUAACACAAAUGGUACCUCAGUUGGAUCAAAAUCUGGAACAUGUGCUGAUUCAGAUUUAUGUUCGAACACUAUGAAAUGCCAGAAUGUUUUCCUUGACAUUCUACUUUCACAAAAAUUUGCUUUAUUGUGUGAUUUACUUUGUAUAAACUUUCAAGAUAACGUUGCAAAAGGCAUGUUGGACUUCACUAUGAUCAACUCAAAGAUGAAGGAUGGGGUUUAUGAGCAGUCUUCUCGAUUAUAUGGUGAUGAUAUUCUUCAGAUAUGGGGCAAUUUUCAAAAAGUUGGCCAAGAGAUGGUUGAUCUUGCAAAAAGUCUAAUAAGCAUUUCUCAAGCUUCCUACAAGAAACAGGUUGGGGAAGAUUUGUUACAUGAGAAUGUUGAACCGAGGUGUGAGGUUAGCGGUCAAGCGGCUGUUGAGGAAAAGAAUUCGGUGGACUCUUAUACCACCUCUCAGUUCCCUUCUUAUGAAUCUGACCGUUCCAACCGACUUGCUCAAACUGAGGGUUCAUGUCUACACAAAGUUUGCACUUGCAAGAAUUGUGGCUAUGUAGCAGAUGGGAAUAACAGCCUCAUUUGUGAUGGCUGUGAAGCAAUGUACCAUGUCUUUUGCACUGAAACUACCAUCCAGAAGAUCACCGCACAAAACUGGUACUGUAUAUCCUGUUCUUCAAAGAGGAAAGACUUACCCGACCCUCUUUUACGUGCCACCAACCAACAAGGCAGUUUGCAUCCAAACUGCAUGGUUUGUGAUAGACUUGAAAUUUCUGUUUCUGAGGAUCAGAACCACCAGAAGAAAAACGGGAAAGAGCCUUUGACUGAAAAUGACACAGAAAGUUCAGUCUCUUCCAUGGAGUCCGACGAGCCUUUGGAACCAUCCACUACCGCUGUAUUGCGCUUGUGCAAGUACUGUGGAACUUGUGAGGAUGAUGACAGGAGAUUUCUAGUUUGUGGACACAUGCAUUGUCUGUAUAAAUACUAUCACAUCAGGUGCCUGAAGAGCAGUCAAAUAGCUAGUUGGCAGCAACAAAGCCGCCAAUGCUGGUACUGCCCAUCCUGCCUAUGUAGAGGUUGUCUUGCCGAUAAAGAUGAUGACAAGAUUGUCAUGUGUGAUGGCUGUGACGAGGCAUACCACAUCUACUGCAUGAAACCACCACGCAUUUCCAUACCCGAGGGGAAGUGGUUCUGCUCCCCGUGCAAUGUGAAGAGAGCGAGACAAGGAAUGAGAUUGUACGAGCAGUUGAUUUUGAAGCACCAUGGUGGAAAAGAAAUGAAUCAAGCCAAAGGAGUGAAGAGGUCGGUUGAUGUGCUAUUAAGUGCUGCUGCGAAGCUGAGCUCAGAAGAGAGACUGGCAGCAGCCAAAAAAGAGAAACAAUAACCCCAGUGAUCAUGUAUAUCUUCAAAACUCGAUGCUUUUGAGGAAUUGUUGAUAUUUUUUUUGGCAGUCAUGCAUGCCCAUGCACGAUAAACCGGGGAUUGCCGUGUAACUCUUUUCUGUUAGCUGCUAGUGAAGGUGAUUUAUUUUUUUUUCCUCGACAUCUUUAGGUAAAAGUUCUGCCGAAAUACGGUUAGGGGGAGACCAUCCUGGAUCAUAAUCUUUUGCUGUGUACUCUAGUAGCAGAAACUGUGGCUGAAUACGAGAAUUUGAUGUAACCUUGUUCAAUAGAUCCUUUUUUGUUUUUGUGCUCAACAGUGACUAGUGAUUGCUUUUAAUUUGAUGUUGUUGAACAUUCAUGUG